UCGGGUUGCCAUCAUCGAUGAAUUUACCGGGCUUAUCAGAUUUUGAGCGCCGAAUUCUUAAAAGGAGUGCGGAUCUGGGCGUCGCGCCGUACGAGGACACUCCACGCAAGCGCCGCGACGCGUCUCUGCCUCCCUCCGCUUCGCCAGUCGCGGAAGACUCGUCUCCCGCAACUCCGCCACCGGAGCCACCUCGGCGAGUAGGAGAUACAAACUGGUGCGACUGCGGCCGCUGCACGGCCAUGCCUACAACUCGGGAGUGUUUUUGCUGCCGUGAGCUGCCACAAGUUGUUCGGAAGCAGCCGGCUGAGUGCAUCACGGUGCACACCGACUUCUUCAAGCUGUGCCUUGACGUCGCCGUCCUCGCCGUGGCGUACUGCGAGGUCCGCGAGAAGGGUCUCGAACAUUCCCACGAGCUCCACGAGAAGUAUCGCUUUGUGGCAUACCGGCAGUUCACCCGCUGGAUGUGGGGUCGACUGGGAGCUGGCAACAGACGAGUGCUGCCUGCGUGCGUUGUGGAGAAAAUAAGAAAAACCUUCCCCUCUCAACAAUACACUGGCUUCAAGUAUCCUCCUCUGGACUGCGCACCAGUGGAUUGCUGAGCCAGGAAGCCGUCCAGUACACCCCCGAUCCUCUGGUACAUGGAUCACCGAGUGUAGAGCAUUAUGCGGUACGGCUAGAGAGAGACCAGGGUGCAGCAACCUUGUGGCUGUACAGUGUACAGCCACAGAGUUGCUGCAGCUUGUGCUUUCUCUAGCUGUACUGCUUGGCACUACCCUUGAGAAAUGUUUGGCAGAA